AUGCUCUUCCUCCGCCUCAUCUCCCAUCUCCUCCCUUUGUUCGCUCUCAUCACAUGUUCGCUUGCGGCCGAAGACUUCUACAAAAUCCUUGGGCUGGACAAAUCUUGCUCAGACCGUGAUCUCAAGACGGCUUAUCGGAAACUAUCCAAAAAGUACCAUCCAGACAAGGCUACUGGAGACGAGAAGAAGUUCCUGGAAGUUACCGAAGCAUACGAAGCCCUGUCGGACCCUACGACACGCAAAAUAUAUGAUCAAUAUGGCCAUGAAGGGCUAGAGAACCACAACCGAGGAGGUGGUGGAGGCGGCCACCCUCAUGACGCUUUCGAUCUUUUCUCCAGAUUCUUCGGCGGCGGAGGCCAUUUUGGUCGUGGAGCUGGCAGCGGAGUACGAAGAGGUCCCGAUCUGGAAGUCCGACUUCACAUUCCACUGCGAGACUUUUACAACGGCGGAGAAACGGAGUUUACCAUUGAAAAGCAACAAAUCUGUGAUGAAUGUGAAGGAUCAGGUUCAGCAGACGGACAAGUCGAAACAUGUCACAAGUGCAGUGGUCGGGGGAUUAUCCUCCAGAAACACAUGCUCGCACCGGGGAUAUUCCAACAAGUCCAGAUGACUUGCGACCAGUGUGGGGGACAGGGAAAGAGCAUCAAACACAAAUGCAAAGCAUGUGGAGGAAACAGGGUCGUGCGAGGCCCGACGACCUUGACUGCGGUGAUUGAGAAGGGAAUGCCCAAGGGCCACCGACUCGUCUUCGAAAGUGAAGCGGAUGAACAUCCUGACCACGUCGCCGGAAACCUCUACGCAUACCUCAUGGAGACAGAGCCAGCCAUCAACGAAAACGAAGCAUCGCGAACCGACGGCGCCUUCUUUCGUCGGAAGGACAACGAUCUGUACUGGAAAGAGGUCCUUUCACUUCGAGAGGCGUGGAUGGGCGAAUGGACUCGCAACAUCACGCACCUGGACGGGCACAUUGUCCCGUUGUCCCGCAAGCGCGGUCAAGUCAUUCAACCCGGGCAGACUGACACAAUCAAGGGCGAAGGGAUGCCCAUUUAUCACGAAGGACACGUUCACGAGCAUGACCAUGAUGGCCCCGAGUUUGGAAAUCUGUACGUGCAGUACGUGGUCGUGCUGCCAGAUCAGAUGGACAAGGUGAUGGAAAAGGAGUUCUGGGCCGUCUGGGAGAAGUGGAGGAGGAAGAAAGGCGUGGAUUUGUUGAAGGACAGUGGAAGGCCAGAGCCACGUGUAUCAGUAAAAGACGAGCUAUAG